UAUUUCUGUAACCCAUUUUCUCCAUUUUCGAGCUUUCAAGAAAAUUAAAAAAAAAAAAAAAUUCUAAUGGCUCCGCUUCCCGAUUUGUGGCGUAGCUCUCUCGCCUCCGCCUUCAGGACCGCCUUGGCUUGCUCUAUAGUGGGUGUCGCCACCCUUUACGGCCCGGAGGCGCUGAAGCGCCAAAUAGCAUUCCCGGCCUUUUCUUACGUCAACGUUAUUCUUAUUCUGACGGACACCACCUUGGGCGACGCCUUGCGUGGCUGCUGGUACGCUAUCUACGCCACCUGCCUAGGGGUGUGCCCGGCUAUUCUGAGCCUGUGGCUGAUUGGCCCGGCCCACCUCACCACCGGCACCGCCGCGGCCGCCGUGGCUAUCACCGCCUUCAUUGUCGUGCUGCCGCAAAACACCCACGUUGUAGCCAAGCGCAUCGCGCUCGGCCAGACGGUUCUCGUCUACGCUUUAGCCGGCCCCCGGACUCAGCCCAUCAUGCACCCUCUCCGCGUCGCCGCCAGCACCGCCAUUGCCGUCGCAGCUUGUGUCCUGGCUUUGCUGCUUCCUUACCCUAGCCUAGCUUCUUCUAAGGUGAAACACAACUGCCACCUCUUCGCCGAGAAUGUUUCUCAGAGAUUAAACCUUCUGGUGAAAGCAUUUUCUGCAGAAGAUAACGCGUCUGCACUAUCGUUGGUUUCUCAAGCCAAGUCCUUAAAUGCUAGCGGAGCUAAAUUUUUGCAGAAUAUCAAAUCCAAGCAAGAAAGCAUGCAGUGGGAAAGGUAUCCGAUCAAGUUCUUCCGACCGUAUUGCAAGAACCCCGGGGAGAGGCUACAAGAAUACGAAACACCAUUAAGGGGGAUGGAAAUGGGUUUAGUUGAUAAUAAUCCCCCACAAUUCCCAGUAACAGUACUGUUAAGCUCAUCAGAGGUGAAAGACAGCUUGGAUUCUCUUACAGGCCACAUUUCAAAGCAAGUCAAAGGAAGGCUGUUUGACUUAGCAACUGUCCCAGAAUCAAACGCGCAAAAUGCGGUGAAGUUUCUUCAUCAAAAACUUCAACCUGUCACCCUACAAGAUCUAUCCUCCUUCUUCUUCUUGUUUUCCCUGAAACUUCUCUUGAUAAAGCCCUCAUCUUCAAUUCUUAAAGAUAAGGAUGGGUCGAAGGAACAAGAAGAGCGGUUCUUGGAUAAGAUUUACAGUAACUUUGUCGGUCAGAUGAACAAUAAAAGGUUUGUGGCAUCCUUAAAAUACGCACUCGCGCUUGGGCUUGCCGUGUUUUUUGGGUCGAUUUACAGCAAGCCUGAUGGGUUCUGGGCAGGGCUGACGGUUGCCAUAAGCUAUGUCUCCGCGAGAGAAGCGACUUUCAGAAUCGCCAACGUUAAGGCUCAGGGGACAGUACUAGGAUCGAUCUAUGGAGUGUUGGGGUGUUUCGUUUUCGCGAAAUACGAGGAGCUCCGGUUCAUUUCUCUCAUUCCUUGGUUCAUAGUCUGCAGUUUUCUGCGGCGGAGCCGAAUGUACGGCCCGGCGGGAGGGAUCUCCGCCUGUAUAGGGGCGGUGCUAAUUCUGGGUCGAGAAGGGUUUGGGCCGCCAAGGGAAUUCGCCAUGGCGAGAAUCAUGGAGACCUUUAUAGGACUGGCGUGUUCCAUUACAGUGGAGCUUCUUUUCCGGCCAACAAGAGCUUCAUCCCUGGCGAAAAUCCAGCUUUCUAAAAGCCUGCAACUCUUGAACCAGUGCAUAAUCUCAAUAGAUUAUUCAAGCAAUAAUCAGUCCAAGCUGGAGGAGACCCAGAAAAUUUUAAAAUCGAGUGUCACUCAGCUGGGGAAAUUUAUUGGGGAAGCUGAGGUGGAGCCCAAUUUCUGGUUUCUUCCUUUCCAUAGUGCUUGUUAUGGUAAGCUCAUGGGGUCCUUGUCAAAAGUUGUGGAAUAUCUACACUUUGUGGCCCAAGCACUGAGAUUCCUGGAACAAGAAUCUGCCCUGAUGGGCAGGCUAGAUUCCGAUCAUCUCAGCCUUUUCAGAGAUCAUGUUGGCCCUUCAAUCAAAUCCUUUGAGGAGAUCAUCAGUUUGGUGGGAUCAGUCUCGGUUCUUGACAAGGAAUUUGAGAAGAAGAAAAGCUCGAUCGACCCAGAACUGGGAAAAUUACCAACAAGCAACAACAUAACGGGAUUAAGCGAUGAAGAGAUUGAUAACAAACUGAAAUCCUUCAUGGAAGAUUCCAGACAGUUUGUUGAUCAGAAAGAUGAAGAUGAUGAUGAUGAGGUGAUGAUGAACAGCCAAGUGGCGCUGAGUUUAAGUGCCCUGGCGUUUUGCAUGAGAGGCAUAGUUAGAGAGACGAAAGAAAUUGAUAAGGCAAUAAAAGAACUUGUACAGUGGGAAAAUCCCUCCAGCCCUGUAAAUUUGCAUGAAAUUUCAUGCAAAAUACGUGCUCUUGCACAUACUGUAACAAACUGAUGAUAUCAAUCAAGAUAAACUCAGGUUAUUAUAUAUACAUCCAUAAAAAUAACCUUAUUAUACUCUUGAUUAUAUUAAUAUAACAUUUAUUGUUAUACCUCCC